UGGAUCCCGCGGCAAAGUGUGAUUGUUGGCUGCUAUGCUAAACGGAUCUUUGCCCGGCUGGAAUUCGGGUUAGAAAUCUACGAUUAUGGCUCCCCACAAACAUUCUCGGGCAAGUCCGAGGAAGCCCAAGCUGGAGCAACUAAAAGCAGAUCAUGAACUCUUCUUACAAGCAUUUGAAAAACCAACUCAAAUCUACCGUUUUCUAGCUGCGAGACACAAGAUAUCACCUGUAUUCCUGAGACGUUCCUUAACGUACAUGCUGAAGAAGAAGCCAUCAAAGAAAAGUUUUUCAGUGGAUAGUCUAUUAGAGAUGAAGGAGAAUAAGAUGAAAGCAGGCAACAAACAAGUAGCAAGCCAUAGCGGAAAAUACCUGAAAUUAACAUUCAACCAUUUAAGCUGGAAGGGAGAAACGUCUCAUAUGGAAGAUAGCAAAGCCACUGUUGAACUGAUUCUACUCAAAGUAUGUCACAAAAGAAGAAAGGACAUCUGUCUGCCCAUUAUGAAGGUAUCCCUUGGACAAUGUGAGAUACCUGUCAAUCCCACCGCUGCCACCAUUAUUUCAUCUUCUUCCGAAUCCCAAGAGCUGACAAUACCAAGCAGUUACUUCAGUCACUCCAAUGGUCACACUGUCCGCUCCUACCGACUUCUGAUACAGGUCUCCUAUCCGACAGUCCAAGGCUUGACCAAUGGAAGCCUUUGUAAUGGGGAUGUAGAUUCAGAUUCAGAUGGACAGCAAGCCAAGAGGAGGAAAGUGAUGACAAGAUUAAAAGACAAAGACACGACGACUUCACCACCUCAAGCAUCACAGCUCCAUGAAGAUGAUUACACGGCUAGUUUUAGCUCUGAGUUGGUGGUGGUUGAUAAACAGAACCGUUGUCAGCUCCUGGAUGGGAGCUAUGAACUCACAUUACAAGAGCAAGUCCACACCAAGAUCAAGUAUCAAACUGCAUCAUGGGAAGCAUUGUCAGAUGGAAAGCCAAUAGAUCCAUUUGAAGUACCAGACCUGAGUCCGAGGCUGAACUUCAAUCUUUCAUGGAACACGACGACAGCAGAAGGGGAUUCCCCGGUAGAGAACCCUAGUAGGUCACCUGAGAGGUCAACUCGAUCAGCAACCAAUCCUACCUCAUCACCAGACCAUUCCAAUCGUACCACUACCACUAAUGCACCGGAUGCAGCAAAGCACAGUGCCUUGAUCAAUGGACAAGAACCAGUACUAGAUAAAUCUCCAGCCAGAAGAAUCCACCCAUCAUCAUCUAACACAGGCUCACCGUCUAGAUCCCCUGCUUCCAAGCCCUUAGACCCAGACACUGUCGAGCAUGUCUUCUAUCAAUUCCUCUAUAACAACAAUACUAGACAACAAACGGAAGCUAGGGAUAACCUACGCUGCCCUUGGUGCGCUCUCAAUUGUCAACGACUGUACUCGCUGCUCAAACACCUUUCCACCUGUCACAGCAGAUUCAAUUUCACCUAUGUGCCUCAUCACAAGAAUGCGAGGAUAGACGUAGCAAUCAAUGAACACUAUGAUGGUUCUUACUCCGGUAAUCCUCAGAAUCUAAUCACAUCACAUAUGGGCUAUGCCUUCCAGAGGAAUGGACCUUGUAGAAGAACACCUGUCACACAGGUUAUAGUCAUGAAACCACUGAGACAGAAGGAAUCUCUACAAGAAUUUCAAGAAGGUGAAAAAGCAGACUACCUCACACAAAGACCAUACAUCUCAGGACAUAAUAGAACGUAUUUCCGCACCCACUCGCUGCAACCAAUCCGACCUCAGGAGAUGGAUGAAGAUAGCGAAGAUGAGAUCGAUCCUGAUUGGAUCAAAGAAAGAACAAGAAUGAUGAUUGAUGAGUUCACUGAUGUAAAUGAAGGAGAAAAGGAACUCAUGAAAUUAUGGAAUAACCACUGCAUGAAACACAAUUUCAUCGCUGACUCCCAGAUCCCAUGGGCAUGCUCCAUGUUCCUUGAGGUCCAUGGUGAGGACAUCCUGAGAGAGAACCUGACGAGUAACUUCCUCCUUCAUCUCAUCAACCUGUAUGACUUCAGUCUCCUCCACCCACAGCUCAUCCCUCGCUUCAUGCAUCAGCUCCUGAAGUCCGGCCAGCAGCGUGAUGUCACAAAGGGCGAUGUCAGUCAGGAGGAGGAGGAGCGGAUCAGUAACCAAGGUGAUGAGAUGAUGACGGAGGAUGGAGAUAUAGGACCGCCCAUUCUCUACCCUCAGGAGGAGCUUGCUGUACAGAGGGAUGAGGUUACCAUGGCGAUCAAUGGAGGAGGAGGAGAAGGGGAGAUGAGUACAGAUGGGACGAUAGAAGAAAGUCCUUCAUCGAACAGAAGCCUUGAUGAGAAACCCGAGCUUGAAAUGGCAACGGCAGAGAUACCAUGCGACUCAAGUCCAAAGCUUGAAAAAACGAUUGAUGAAGAAGACACAAUGAUAUAAAGACAUGCCUUCAGAACUGAAUGUUCAGGUGUUCAUGUUUUGUAUUUCUGGAUUCAAUCAAGCACCUUGAUCUUACAGGGUUGUAUCAACCAGAAUUAUCAGUUAACACACAACAUUACAUGGUGCUAUGUACUACACAAGUUGCAUCAACCAGGCUGUUUGGAUAUUACACACGAGCACUGAUUGUGCUUUGUACUGCAUUGGAUGUAAUCUCUUUCAGGGGUCUAUCCUAAAUACAUGUAUAAAUCUACAACAUGACAAUGGUGAUAUGUAAUGAGCAAGGCAAUUCACUCUCCAUUUUUAUCAUGUCAUCUUUCCACUAAUUAUGCAAUUUUUGUAGAAGGAUCAUAGUUUGAAAUGUGAGGUUUAUACAAGCAAAGAGGCAAGUAGAUUUUGUUUGUUUUUGUGUUACUUUCUGGUAGGAAAUGAGUCAAAUUAUCUCCAUGAGCAAGAAAUUUCCUUAGAAAUAUUUUCACUUAUUGUGAAAGGCAAGCGAAUGUACAUUGAAUUUCUCUCCUAAAUUGCCAUGGUUGUAAUGUGAAUAACCAAGCACAAUGUUAAAUUGAAUUAAAAAUGUCAGUUCAUUUUGAGAAGAGGAUUCAGGCUGUUUUGUAAUACAGGUAUGAUUCUCUGUCCUCUUUGACAUUAAGCACUAAACAUUGGGAUACUUACAGCUCUUGUGGCAUGAGGAGGGGAUUCCCCCGAGCAAGACUUUAAUUACAGCAGUUGUUAAUAUGCAGUGAUAUUGUCUAUGGGCUUCACGCACAGUGCACUUAAGGUCAUGAAAUGGGGCCCUUUUUUCAUGUGAUCAAUGGACAAUAAGAAAAUACAUUGAGAUGUAUUAAAGCUCAUCUGUACUAGUUUACAGGAGGGAUUAGACCUCCCUGCAAGGUCACUGGACAGGUGGUCAUCUCAUCAACUCGGCUCUCAAUUAACAUAAGAAAAAGAGGAUCAUGGGGGACCAAUGGUCACCAGUUAGGCAUUGUUUUCUAUAUAGAGGGAGCAAGUAGCUACAAGUAGAACAGUGUGGAUUUAACAUUCUCCCAUACAUGUUGUCACAUUUCUCCAACCAAUAAGGGACAGAAAAGGACAGGUUUCUACAAGUAUUGAUAAAAGUCAUUCAGACAAAGUUACUUGUGCAUUAUUCGGUCGUUCUGUCAUACUUGUAAGCAUGUUUUUGAAAAAAUGAAAAUGUACCUGGGUUACUUCACUUGAUCAACAGGUGAUAUUCUGCUGCUGGUAGUGCAGUAAAACCCAGUCUUAGAUCACAUUUAACAUAAGGCAAACUUAGACCUCAGACUAUCUUCCUUUGUUAAAUCAGAUUUUGGUCAAUAGCCUAAACCAGAGCUCGAUACUAAUAAGUGCCCGGAACACAUUGGCACCUAACAUCUUAGUCUGGACCCGCAAGAACUUAGUGAUUAACACAGGGCCCAUGCACACAGACUAUGAAAAGUUCAAUCUGGGCCCCGUUUCAUAAAACUUGUCAUCAAUAACAAAUGCUAAAUUUCUAAGACAAAUUUGCUCUCGACCAAUAAAAUGCCACGAUUUCAGUAGUUUACAACAGAUAUUGCAACUUUUUAUUGAUAACAAGUUUUUAUAAAACGGGGCCUUGGACCCCUUCCAAAAAAGUUAGUGUGGAGACCUACCUAAACCAAGGGUUGGGUUUAAAUGAUAGUAGCUGCAGAAUAUUCAUUAUCAGGUGCAUCAUUUCUGUAUGCUACUCCAUAAUAUAUCACGAUAUACAGUCUCUCUCAUGGGUCUGAGAAAUCAGAUUCAUCCUCUCUCAAUGCUGCUCUUUAAGAUGACAUCAUUUCAUCUUAUUUACUAUCCAGGGAGAAAUCAUCACAUCCUCACUUUUACAUGACGACCAAAUCUUAGUCAUCACAAAAAUGCAAACGGUUUAUGCUGCAUUUUGAAGACUUUGUUUAAGAAUUGGUCUGUGUUUUGAUAUCAAUUAGAUUACUUGAAUGUCAAGCUGAUCUACCUCCUUUAUGUGUACUGUUAUGUCAUCGUCUUUUCAUCAUCUCAAUAUAUUCAGUUAGUGCCGUUGUCUACACCCAUUUUCUCUGUGAAUAUACCAAUACAUACAAUUUGUUGAUGUAACAGUAAACCUAUCAUUUCUGGUUGUAGCAUGUGCAUCAUUCAACCAGAAUGUGUCAUUGAAAAAUUCAUCUGUAAAGUUAUUACUCAAAUUUUUGGAGUGAGUGAUAAAAUGCUCCUGGUAAAACAUUAAAAAGGCUAUAUAUUUUGUAAUUAAAAUAUGAAAUUUCCUGAAUAAAUUUGCAGAAUACAAAAUAAACAAUAAUUUUGUUGCUAGAUCUACUUUGAUUCAAGCAUCCUGGUAAAGAUAGAAUGUUGUAAAAUUUGUGUUUAUAAGAUAAAGCUGUGAUGUAUAACUUUAAGACUCGAUCUUCUGUUGACUGUUGACCAAGUUUUUCCUGAUGACAUGAAAAUAUGAGACCUGUCAAGUAGAACAUAGUCACUUUCCUCACUGAGGAGGCACGUUGGCUCAGUGUUAGAGCAGUGGUUUGGAACCAAGUCAGAGCGCUAGCGCCCUUUGGUAAGGCAUUAAUUCGCAUUACCAAGGCCCUCGGAGAGGAGUUAAAGCUGUCUGUCCCUUGGUUGUUUACUUACAUGCAUACAAAUGCUUCAUUAGCAUUGGGGUAAAAAAAAAAAAAAAAUUAAAACAGAUGACAUCAAAACUGUGCCUAUUCCUUAUGUCCUAAUGCAUGUACCGGUAUGUAUUUUAUACAUGUAUUAUACCCAGUACUGAGCAAUUCAAUACAUAGAUCUUAUUAUCAGCCUCUCAUGUUUUGCAUGGUUUGCUGCAAUAAUGGUCAUACCUCAUACAAGGUCUUUGUUCAGCAUGAGCAAGCUUCUGGUAAGUUGGAACAUUCGUUUGUAUUACAUUCUAAAUGAGAUUCAGAGGGUCUGAAUAUGCAGACUAUGCUGAGACUAUGUGAGAUAUACAAGUAAUAGAUCUUGCAAAUAAGAAAAAGUCUGGGUAAUUUGGAUAUUCUUCCUCUAACUUUAUGAAACAAAACACUCCAGAAAAAAAAAAAAUCAAAGAGAUGAUUGUUCUCUGAACAUCAAACAAUCAUCUUUUUGUACGAGACUUUGUGUGUCUUGAAAUCUGGAUACGUACACAUAUUUGCAAUGUGUGUUGUGUUCAUGUACGAUGAGCCAUUGAUUGGACUAGUCUCAUUCUUCAGACUGUGUCUAUGUUAAAAGCAAGGUGUGUAAAUAAAAUGAUGUAUGUACAGUCUUAUGAUGGUUUGUAGUAACGAUGUAUGAAAAAGUUUAUUGUAAACAAGAUGUUUGUUCACGUGAAUGAUACUAAAUCUGAAGGUCCGACGUUGGUAUGUUGUCAUACAACAUUCCUUAAGUCCUGAUGGUAUGGCAUCUAAUUUGUCUUUUUCUAUUGCCUUUUUCAAUUCUGUAAAUUUGCUGUAAAUUCUGGCAUUGAUACUAUGCACUGGAUUCAGAUUAAAAUGUGGAAAAACUGUUUUGUCAAAUAA